GUCUGCAGCAUAACUGGCAACUUUACAAUACAAAAACAAAACGCGUCAGAGUGGACUACUUUACACACCGAACGCGUAUUUUUACAACAUCCACACAGUAGCAGCGCCUGUCAUGGCGUGUUUUUAAACAGCUCCUUGUUUUUUUUUUAAACGGGGUCGUUUGUUUUUUGUGGACGGAGGAUGACGCAGGGUUUGCAGAGGAGCCGUCGCUGCUGAGUGAUAAGUUUACCCGGGCUGCUGUUGACAUAAGCAGCCUACAGUAAUAAGACGACGGCGGCGAGGCAAAUCCAAGUCACAAGAUAAGACUUCUGCACCGCUCGGCUAACCGUCGCCCGAUUUCAGAGCAGGUUUUGGAGGCAUGGACAACCCGGGAUACCGCACAGGUAGCUUCGACGGCCUUCAUCACCCCAGUGAUGAUGAUGAUGAUGAGAUGGUGGACAUUGCAGGGGCCACACUGGACUUCUCCACCACGGACGACGUCCCUCCUCUGAGCUCAGGAGGCUAUAAUGAAUACGGCACCAGCGGCGUCGGCGGCAGAGCAGCCGGUGUGAACGGUAACGGGCCCACCAAGCUGGUGGACCCGCUGGAGGACCCGGUGCCCGGAGUCGGGACCUACGAAGACUUCAACACCAUCGACUGGGUCCGAGAGAAGAGCAAGGACCGCGACCGGCACAGAGAGAUCACCAGUAAGAGCAGACAGUCGACUGUGGCUCUGCUGCACAGCGUCAGCGACGCCUUCUCCGGAUGGCUGCUCAUGCUGCUAGUGGGGCUCAUGUCAGGCGCUCUCGCCGGCGGCAUCGACAUCUCGGCCCACUGGCUGACGGACAUGAAGGAAGGAGUGUGUCUCAACGGCUUCUGGUUCAACCACGAGCACUGCUGCUGGACGUCCAACGAGACCACGUUCCAGGAGAGGGACCGCUGCCCGCAGUGGAAGAGCUGGGCCGAGCUCAUCACAGGAGCCACGGAGGGUCCGUUUGCCUACAUAGUCAACUACCUGAUGUACAUCGUCUGGGCUCUGCUCUUCUCUUUCCUGGCCGUCACGCUGGUCAGGGCCUUCGCUCCGUACGCAUGUGGCUCAGGAAUACCAGAGAUCAAGACCAUCCUCAGCGGCUUCAUCAUCCGAGGCUACCUGGGGAAGUGGACUCUGAUCAUCAAGACCAUCACGCUGGUUUUAGCCGUCUCCUCUGGCCUCAGUUUGGGGAAGGAGGGCCCUCUGGUCCACGUGGCCUGCUGCUGCGCCAACAUACUGUGCCACCUGUUCACCAAGUACCGCAAGAACGAGGCCAAGAGACGAGAGGUGCUGUCGGCGGCGGCAGCAGUGGGCGUGUCUGUGGCUUUUGGCGCUCCAAUCGGAGGAGUCCUGUUCAGCCUGGAGGAGGUGAGUUAUUACUUCCCUCUGAAGACGCUGUGGCGUUCGUUCUUCGCCGCCCUGGUGGCGGCCUUCACCCUACGCUCCAUCAACCCGUUCGGAAACAGCCGCCUGGUGCUGUUCUACGUGGAGUUUCACGCCCCCUGGCACCUGCUGGAGCUCGCCCCCUUCAUCCUGCUGGGCAUCUUUGGAGGCCUGUGGGGGGCGCUGUUCAUCAGAGCCAACAUCGCCUGGUGCAGGAGGCGUAAAUCCACUCGUCUGGGUCACUACCCCAUCAUCGAGGUGCUGGUGGUGGCCGGCUUCACCGCUCUGCUCUCCUACCCCAACAGCUACACCAGGAUGAGCGGAGCCGAGCUCAUCUCCGAGCUGUUCAACGACUGCUCACUGCUCGACUCCUCGCAGCUCUGUGGCUACCAGCAGCCGUCAAACAUAUCAGAAACAGGUGUCGGUAACACCCUGGCGGACCGGCCAGCAGGACCAGGCCUGUACACCGCUCUGUGGCAGCUGGCCCUGGCUCUGGUCUUCAAGAUGAUGAUCACCGUGGUUACCUUUGGCAUGAAGGUUCCCUCUGGUCUGUUCAUCCCCAGCAUGGCCGUCGGAGCGAUAGCCGGCAGACUGCUGGGUGUCGGCAUGGAGCAGCUGGCGUACUACAACCACGACUGGAUCAUUUUCAAAGGCUGGUGCUCACCAGGAGCAGACUGCAUCACCCCAGGGCUCUACGCCAUGGUGGGAGCUGCCGCAUGUCUGGGCGGCGUGACUCGAAUGACGGUGUCGCUGGUCGUCAUCAUGUUCGAGCUGACGGGCGGUUUGGAGUACAUCGUUCCCCUCAUGGCCGCCACCAUGACCAGCAAAUGGGUGGCAGACGCUUUCGGGAGAGAGGGCAUCUAUGAGGCUCACAUCAGGCUGAAUGGAUACCCCUUCCUGGAGCCCAAGGAGGAGUUUGAGCACAACAGCCUAGCGGUGGACGUGAUGAGGCCCCGGAGAGCCGACCCGGCCCUCGCUGUGCUCACCCAGGAGGGCAUGACUGUAGGGGAGGUGGAGUCUUUAGUGGAGAGCACGCACUACAGCGGCUUCCCCGUGGUCGUCUCCCAGGAGUCACAGAGGCUCGUGGGCUUUGUCCUCAGGAGAGAC